UGUAAACAAAAAAGUGAGCAACAAACAUGUGUGAAUUCAUAGAUGAUCUUUCUAAUUGUUUAGACAUCGGAAAAGAUUUUAAAUUAGUUGUCCAAGGCUCAGAAGCAAAAGUUUAUGAAGGUGAGUUUUUAGGAAAAUCAUCUAUUUUGAAAGAAAGAUUCGUUAAACGAUAUCGCCAUCCAGAUUUGGACAAAACUUUGACAGCAGAACGUAUGCGAGCAGAGGUUCGAGCUUUGAAUCGCUGUCGAGAAAUCGGAAUUAAAUGUCCUGCUGUUUAUUUUGCUGACCUCCACUCCCGCUGCAUCAUCUUCGAAAAGAUUUCGAAUGCUGUUACAGUGAAACAAUUCUUGAAAUCUAGGCUCUUAGAGUUAGGACCUGAUGUAAUCACCACUAUGACGCCACUUGCUCACAAAAUCGGAACUGGUAUUGCAAAAAUGCAUAAAAGUGAUAUCGUUCACGGUGAUUUGACAACAUCUAAUCUGCUAGUUAAGGAAGGUCAUCUAAAAGAAACAGCUAUGAAAGACGAUUUUGAUGUUUAUUUUAUUGAUUUUGGUCUAUCCAAAAGAGAUGUCCUGGUUGAAGACAAAGCCGUUGACCUCUAUGUCUUGGAGCGUGCUGUGUCCAGUCUGCAUCCUAACUCGCAAUUAUUUUUUGACGCUAUUAUUGAUUCGUAUCUCAAGACACUUGGACGUGAGUCAGCUGCUGUAGCUGAAAAAUUAGAAGAAGUUCGACAACGUGGAAGAAAGAGGUCAAUGAUUGGUUAAUAUUUAAAACUUUCUUUGUCUGUAAUAUUUGACUGCCAUAAAAUGUUUUUAUUUAUG